AUGGUGUGGACAACAAAGUUGACGAUUGCAACCGAAUGUAUAAUUGCAUUAAAAUAUUAUGUCUUCUACAGUUCAUCGUGGAGAUUGUUUCAUAAAAUUUUGCUGGGUUGUUUGGGUUACGCUGUUACUGGGGUGGUCGGUGGAAUUUCGCUAGUGGUAGCAUCUGCGGAAAGUAAAUAUCGUUCAUCAAUUUCGCCUUAUUGUCGUACUUCUCAAAUAAUGGGCAAAAAAUUUUCAAUUUAUCAUUUACUGAGUACCGCUCUUUCUUCUGCGAUAGGAUUUGCAAUUUCUCUUGCCGUAUAUACUGUUAUGAAACGUUCACAGGUGAGUGUUAAUCCUGCAAUAAAACUGAAUUUCUCUGUGUUAUGCUAAUA